GACCGAAAACGCGGCCGAGCCCGGAGCCCGGAGCCGGAGCCAGAGCCUGGACCAGAACUUGGCCGCCGCCUGCACCGCCGCCGCCGCCCGCCUCUCCUUCCCCGCGCCGCCGCCGCCGCCUCGGCCGCCACCGCCGCGAGCUCAACCGCCAGUGGUCCGGGGGACUUUGGGUGUCCGGGCUGAAGGUCGGUCCGGACGUCGGACCCAGCUCGGUUCCCGGACUGUCCGGGCGGCAGCGGACGCCGCAGCCGCCGCCUCUUCGUCGCCUCAGCCUGGCGUUUUGUUCCGACAGACCCGAGAGGCGAGCGGAGCUGACAGUGAUUUUGACAGUGAUUUAAACCCGCUUUUGUUGUUGUUGGCUUUUCGUUGUUUGGUUUUGUGUGUUGUGCUUGUGUGUGGCGGUUUUUCCCCCGUGGUGCAUUUUUUUUUUUUUAAUUGUUGUGCUCGCUGUUUUUAUUUUUCAUUUUUUUUCCUCUUUUUUUCACCCCGUGAACGCUUUUUUGGUCGGGGCUUCCGAAUAUGUUUUAUGACGGUUGAUUUUACACCAGGAGGUUUGUUUCCGAGGAAGACCCAGGGAACUGGAUAUCUAGCGAGAACUUCCUACGGCUUCCCCGGCGCCUCGGGAAAAUGGGAGCUGCUGCAAAGUUGGCGUUUGCCGUCUUUCUUAUCUCUUGUUCUUCAGGUGCUAUACUUGGUAGAUCAGAAACUCAGGAGUGUAUUUUCUAUAAUGCUAAUUGGGAAAGAGAUAGAACCAAUCGAACUGGUGUUGAAUCCUGUUAUGGUGACAAAGAUAAACGGCGGCAUUGUUUUGCUACCUGGAAGAAUAUUUCUGGUUCCAUUGAAAUAGUGAAGCAAGGUUGUUGGCUGGAUGAUAUCAACUGCUAUGACAGGACUGAUUGUAUAGAAAAAAAAGAUAGCCCUGAAGUAUAUUUUUGUUGCUGUGAGGGCAAUAUGUGUAAUGAAAGGUUUUCUUAUUUUCCGGAGAUGGAAGUCACACAGCCUACUUCGAAUCCAGUUACACCAAAGCCACCCUAUUACAACAUCUUGCUCUAUUCUUUGGUGCCACUUAUGCUAAUUGCGGGGAUUGUCAUUUGUGCAUUUUGGGUGUACAGGCAUCAUAAGAUGGCUUACCCUCCUGUGCUUGUUCCAACUCAAGACCCAGGACCACCCCCACCUUCUCCAUUACUAGGUUUGAAGCCACUGCAGUUACUAGAAGUGAAAGCAAGGGGAAGAUUUGGUUGUGUGUGGAAAGCCCAGUUACUCAAUGAAUAUGUGGCUGUGAAAAUAUUUCCAAUACAGGACAAACAGUCAUGGCAGAAUGAAUAUGAAGUCUAUAGUUUGCCUGGAAUGAAGCAUGAGAACAUAUUACAGUUCAUUGGUGCAGAAAAACGAGGCACCAGUGUUGAUGUGGAUCUUUGGCUAAUCACAGCAUUUCAUGAAAAGGGUUCACUAUCAGACUUUCUUAAGGCUAAUGUGGUCUCUUGGAAUGAAUUGUGUCAUAUUGCAGAAACCAUGGCUAGAGGAUUGGCGUAUUUACAUGAGGAUAUACCUGGCCUAAAAGAUGGCCACAAACCCGCCAUAUCUCACAGGGACAUCAAAAGUAAAAAUGUGCUGUUGAAAAACAAUCUGACAGCUUGCAUUGCUGACUUUGGGUUGGCGUUAAAGUUUGAGGCUGGCAAGUCUGCAGGUGAUACCCAUGGACAGGUUGGUACCCGAAGGUAUAUGGCUCCAGAGGUAUUAGAGGGUGCUAUAAACUUCCAAAGGGAUGCAUUUUUGAGGAUAGAUAUGUACGCCAUGGGAUUAGUCCUGUGGGAACUGGCCUCUCGCUGUACUGCUGCAGAUGGACCUGUAGAUGAGUACAUGUUGCCAUUUGAGGAGGAAAUUGGCCAGCAUCCCUCUCUUGAAGACAUGCAGGAAGUUGUUGUGCAUAAAAAAAAGAGGCCUGUUCUAAGAGAUUAUUGGCAGAAACAUGCUGGAAUGGCAAUGCUCUGUGAAACGAUAGAAGAAUGUUGGGAUCACGAUGCAGAAGCCAGGUUAUCAGCUGGAUGUGUAGGUGAAAGAAUUACUCAGAUGCAAAGACUAACAAAUAUCAUUACCACAGAGGACAUUGUAACAGUGGUCACGAUGGUGACAAAUGUUGACUUUCCUCCCAAAGAAUCUAGUCUAUGAUGGUUGCACCAUGUGUACACACUGAGAAACGGGACUCUGAACUGGAGCUGCUAACGAAACUGCUUACAGUUUAUUUUCUGUGUGAAAUGAGUAGGAUGUCUCCUGGACAUCUCAGAAAGAAGACCCUCGUUUCAAAAGGUGGCUCUGGGAGACUUAAUGGCAUUGCCUGUAGCAGAGACAUGAAGGACAUGAGACUAAGAGAAAAGUUGCAAACUCUAAAAAAAAAGAAACUUUUGAAGAAGUGUACAUGAAGAAUGUGGCCCUCUCCAAAUUCAAGGAUCUUUUUGGACCUGGCUAAUCAAGUGUUUGAAAACUGACAUCAGAUUUCUUAAUGUCUGUCCGAAGACACUAAUUCCUUAAAUGAACUACUGCUAUUUUUUUUUAAAAUCAAAAACUUUUCAUUUCAGAUUUUAAAAAGGGUAACUUGUUUUUAUUGCAUUUGCUGUUGUGUUUCUAUAAAUGACUAUUGUAAUGCCAAUAUGACACAGCUUGUGAAUGUUUAGUGUGCUGCUGUUCUGUGUACAUAAACAAAGUCAUCUAAGUGGGGUACAGUAAAGAGGCUUCCAAGCAUUACUUUAACCUCCCUCAACAAGGUAUACCUCAGUUCCACGGUUGCUAAAUUAUAAAAUUGAAAACACUAACAAAAUUUGAAUAAUAAAUUGACCCGUUUUGUAACAA